AUGUCGCCCAGAUUCAAUACUCCUCUGACGCGCCUACUCGGCAUCCGCUCGCCGAUCGUCUUACCGCCGAUGGCCUUCGCCUCUGGCGGGCUGCUCGCCAGUCAGGUCAAUCAAGCGGGUGGAUUCGGAUUCUUCUCUCCGACCUAUAGCUCGUACGACCACUGGGCGUCCGAGUUCACAACCGUACGCUCGACCCUUGGUCUACCAAGUGGACCACUGCCAGUCGGCACCGGAUUCCUGUGUUACCGACUCGAGAAGGAUACCCCGGAUAGACCGCGUGAUAUGCUCCAGCUGGCGCUCGAGCAGCAAGUCAAAGCCGUCUGGCUUUCUUUCGGCUCUGACAUCGGCAAAUGGGUGCGGCAUAUCCGAGAGUACGAUGCAAACCGAGAGCACAAGACGCUCGUGUUCGUCGUCGUGAGCUCUUUGUCCGAAGCAAUCACUGCUAUCAAUGAGUGGAAAGCGGAUGCCAUAGUUGCACAAGGUAUCGAAUCAGGCGGCCACGGCGCAUCAUACGCGCCUCCACUUCUCAACCUUCUCUCAUCCAUACUCGAUGCUGUACCCGCAGCCAGCCGCCCACCCAUCAUUGCUGCUGGUGGUCUCGUCCGUCCAAACCAAGUUGCCGCUCUACUCGCCAUGGGCGCCGCAGGAACAGUACACGGCACACUCUUCCUCACCUGCCCCGCGAGUCUAUACAAGCCCGAAGCCAAAGAACGAAUCAUUGGUGCUAACUCUCGAGAUGCUGUUCGCUCGUACGCUUUCGAUCUCCUCCGCGGGACGACUGGUUGGCCGAAGGGUGUCGAUGGACGAGGACUGGCUAUCUCCGGUGUGGGCGCGCUGCAGGGGAUGGAGCAGGAUGUUUGCCCGCAAGGAGUCGACCUUGAAGGGUUGAGGAAGGUGAUGGGCGAGCGCGGUGAAGCUGUGGUAUGGGCUGGUGCGGGCGUCGGCGAGGUUACAGGCACUCGCGAGCCUUCUGAUAUCAUACGGGAGCUCCAUGACGGAGCUGUGGCCACUCUUCGCGGCGUGCAGGAUCUCGUCGUAGAGUAG